CGGAAGUGUGCACACGCUUAAAGGAGGCGGCCAUCUUGUUCUUAUUUCCUGUAGCAGCCAACGGCACGCCAGUGUCUUUUGGAAGAGAAUAACUCAUCGUCAUGGGUCGUAUGCACGCUCCGGGAAAGGGUAUAUCCCAGUCUGCGCUUCCAUACAGACGGAGCGUACCGACUUGGCUGAAACUUACGCCCGACGAUUGUAAAGAUCUUAUUUUUAAAUUGGCAAAAAAAGGUCAUACCCCGUCGCAAAUCGGUGUUGUUCUUCGUGACUCUCAUGGCGUCGCUCAAGUUCGUUUUCGCACAGGGAACAAAAUCCUCAGGAUUGUCAAGAGCAUGGGACUUGCCCCUGAUCUACCCGAAGAUCUCUAUUACCUGAUCAAGAAAGCGGUCAAGAUACGCAAGCAUUUGGAACGUAAUCGCAAGGACACAGACAGCAAAUUCCGUUUGAUUCUUGUUGAAUCAAGAAUCCAUAGGCUCGGUCGCUAUUACAAAUCCAAGGGCUCUCUUGCACCCAACUGGAAAUAUGAGAGCUCAACCGCCAGUGCUCUUGUCGCUUAAUUCCAUCAUGCUUUAUAUUUACGUUGUAUCAAUAAAUCUGACUUAUUGAUUCAUA